UGUCCCAGAAUGCAACGCGGAGCGGAAACGCAGGGGAACUCCAUGGAAACGGCAGAAUGGCUUGCUAGCUAGCCGCUAGCUGGUUAGCACCGCGCUAAGAAACGUCUUUGGUAAAAGUAAACAUUAUCUUCAUUGUUCGUCUGCAGAAAUGAGUCGCACACCUGAUGCGAGAGCCAGAGAUGAUCAGACUAAGAGGAUCCAGGAGAACAUCACUAAGGUGGAGAAACAUUUUGGAGAGAUAUGCCAACUUUUUGCUGCCUACGCUCGUAAAACAGCCAGACUACGAGACAAAGCAGACCUUCUGGUCCGUGAAAUCGGCCUGUAUGCCGAUACCGAGGCCCCAGACCUCAAGAGGGGAAUGAAGCAGUUUGCUGAUCACCUGGCCAAAGUUCAGGACUACCGCCAAGCUGAGGUGGAAAGACUUGAGGCCAAAGUCAUAGAGCCGUUAAAGAACUACGAAGCGGUGGUGAAGCAUAAAAGGGAGGAUCUGAAGACAACUCAAAGUGCCAGAGACAGAGAAGCCAAACAGAUGGCUCAGCUCGAGAGAACCAGACUGAAAAACCCUUCAGACCGACAGAUUAUCUCUCAGGCUGAAAGUGAGCUCCAGAGAGCCACCAUGGACGCCACACGGACCACCAAACAGCUGGAGGAGGCCAUAGACAAGUUUGAGCUGCAGAGGAUCCGAGACAUCAAGAAAGUCUUCAGUGAGUUUGUGACGGUGGAAAUGGCGUUCCACGCCAAAGCUUUGGAGAGCUACACCAUGGCCUUCCAAAGCAUCCAGAGUGUGGACGAGGAAGCAGGUUUAGAGGUGUUCAGGAGUUCCCUGCACCCACCUGACUACCACUCACAUUCAGACAUAAAGCGAGCUAAUUCCAAAACCUCCCUUGAUUGGACCGGGUCCCUCUUGAGUGCAUCAGGAACCUUCCAGCAACAAAGAGCUUGCAGUCGCCAGACGAGGGGAGAGGAGGGGGACGAGGACGACGAAGAGGAUGAAGACGAAGAGGAGGAGGACGACGACAGCGAGGGGGAGGACACGGACGACGAACAUUAAAGUAGACUAAAAAAAAAGAUUGCAAAAGUUGUUUUUUUUACAAAAAACUCUUAAAAGUAGAAGCUGAGUCAUUGCCAAAACCUCUCACUCCAUUUGUAUUCUAAUAAAAAAAACAACCAGCAGAACCUGAUUGUUAUUUAAGGAGUUUGAAUCCGUCCGAGUGACGGGCGCCACGUUAAAAGUGACUCAUCUCUGUCAGACAGACAAAAAUGAUGAAGCCGGGAAAUCUCCAGUCACUUUAUUAGGUACUUCUACUGGGCUGGACCUCAUUUUGCCAUAAAAGAGCCAACAAAGUGUUGGAAACCUUCAUCGGAGAUUCUGGUCCAUACUGACAUGAACCUCCUGUUCCACCGUAUCCCAAGUGUUCUGGACUGGACAGAGAUCUGGUCAUGGACAUAACGACACUCUCAUAAAGCAUUUUUGAUCCGG